AUGCUCUUUUUCCCUGAUUCUGAAUCUCGCUACCAGGCGCUUCUAGUUCGAAAUCCGCAAGCCGAGGGCCAUUUCGUAUAUGCUGUCACUACGACAAGGAUUGUGUGCCGCCCCACAUGUUCUUCUCGUCUAGCUUUACGGAAAAACAUUGUCUUUUUUGAUUGUGUAGCCCAGGCCAUGGAACUGGGAUACCGUCCAUGUAAAAGAUGUCUGCCGGAGGUGGUUUCUGGGUGGAACAGGACUAGAAACUGUGUUUUGGGAGCAUGUGCGAUAAUGGGCCAAUGGGCGAAAACCAAUCACAAGCUUGAUGUGGACCUAUUGGCACUGACUGUGGGGCUCUCCAAAUGGCACUUUUGCCGUGUUUUCAAAAUGUACACGGGCCACACGCCCCGAAGGUAUUUUGUCUUGUGUGGCAAGGGCCAAGAUCUUGGGGGAAACAUACCAUUGGUGCAAACGAAAAAGUACUUGCAGGCCGUUAAGGGCGGCCAAGAAGUGGACGAUGUUACUAUGCUCCUUCUGCUUUGGGAGGAAAGUCCAGGACUCGAUUUAGGCUCUAUGUUUGACUUUCCCAUGGAUCUCUUUGCGCUACAUGACUAG